CCAACCUCAAAAAGAAAAACAUCAAGAAGAAGAAGCUUCCAUUAACAAGUCUGAUGUGGCUAGGUCAAUGUUAGCAAGGUAACACUAAUGUUUGUUCUCUCUGUUGGAUAUGUUUCCCCAUCACUAACUCGACAUGGGCAAGAGAGACAAUCGAGUGGCUUACAUUAACCCCAUUGCUGCUGCACGAGCCAGGGGACCGGCACAGAACUCCGGACCAACCAUACAGGAUUACUUAAGCAGACCUCGACCAACAUGGGAAGAAUUAAAGGAGCAGCUGGAGAAGAAGAAGAAGGGCUCCCGAGCCCUGGCUGACUUUGAGGACAAAAUGAACGAUAAAUGGAGGAAAGAACUGGCAAAAAACCGAGAGAAGUUGUUAGGGGGAGGUGACAAAGAAAAAGACAAAAAAACAACAGAAAAGGAAAAAGAGGAGAAGAAAGAGAAAAAAGAGAAAAAGAAGAAAGAGAAGAAGAAGCCCAGCAGGCAUUCUUCAUCUUCCUCCUCCUCAUCGAGUUCUGAUUCUUCUAGCAGCUCCUCCUCAGAAUCUGAAGACGAGGAUGAAAAGAAGAGUGUGAAGAAAAAGCGGAAGAGAAAGAAGUCAUCGUCCAGGAGAGCAUCGGACAGCUCAGAGGAAGAAUCUGAUGCUGAAAGCAAGAAGAAAAAGAAAAGAAUCAAGGAAGAAGGGGACAAAGAGAAGGAUGACAGAAGAAAGAAGGAAAGAAAAAGGAAGGCCGAGCGAAGUUACAAAGACACAUCUUCAGAGUCAUCUGUGGACUCUGAGGGGGAGGAGGUAGCUGAAGCCAAGAAGAAAAAGAGAAGUAGCGAGGAAAAGGAGAAAAUCCCAGACAAAUCCAAGAAGAAGAGGAAAAAGAAGCACAAGAAACACGGCAGAAAAAAGAAAAAGAAGACUGCAUCUCAGUCAGACUUGGAGCUCAAUUAACAACCGUAGCUUUACAGUUCCCUCAUCCUCCUGACAGCUCACUAGUGUUAUGUUUGCCUUUGACUUCGAAAAACUUUACCCAUCCAGCUUCGGUCAUCACGCUUCAACAAGAGACCUACAGACAUGUAAUGCUGGGGUUCUGUGAGUGAAGUGAAGUUGAGAGAGGAACCCAUCCCUCUACGUGGCAAAUACUGGUACAUAUCUUUGGUUGUUUGUUUUUUUUAUCACCAUGCCUUUUGUAGAUUAUUUUUCUUUUGAGUUACACUCAACAACAGGAAUUCCACAUCUCCCCCACCGCAUCUUGGAGAUUUCAGUGUAACCGGCACUAACUUUCACCUUCAGUAUACUGGUCCUCUUGGAGUUGCUCUCUCCGCUUCAAACCAAGAAUCUUGCAUUUCUAGUUGCUCGAUGAGGCUGUUAUGCUGGUUCCUGCGUCAUUCAUGUAGACCUGAUGUCUCGCCAGCCUCAUACUGAAGUUGAACUUUCGAUAAGAAAUGUGUUCUUCACAGUCAACAUUUAUACAAGAGAUAAUUGUUCUGUUUCACAAAUUGUCACACCUCAGUGUACAUGUAUAAACAAUGGGAAUUCAUUAAAUAAAGUAUUGUUUUAUCCUUUA